CUGGUAGGCCUAUAGGGAUGCCGGGACGGUCGGCGUCUGCUCAACUGAUGUCGGGGCCAGCGCUCCCUGCAGGGCUCCCCGGCACGCAGAGGCCCGGGCUUCGCCCCCGACGGCCUGAGAGGCCCGCGAGGCUCGAGGACCUCAGGAAGGGUCAGGCCGUCUACCGGAAGGGCCAGCCCGCCGAGAUAGUCAAGGUGGACUACGAGGUUUAUCCGCCCUCACUCGUGGUAAAGAUGCUCGAGACUGGCAACGAGGUGGGCACCACUGGCGACCACGUGUCUCUGGGCGAGGAGGACUCGUUGAGGUGCCUGUCCGAAGGCGUCCGCCUGUGCCUUGUCGGUGUCAAGAGCAGGCCAGAGCUGAACUGUGCCCGCGGCACCGCCAGGGAGUACAGGGCCGAGGCGGACCGGUGGAACGUGGAGCUGGCCUCCGGGGAGCUGAUCUCCCUGAGGCCGAGGUGCCUCUCCGUGCUGCUGGCGCCGAGCCCGCCGGCCGAGGCGGACGCGGCGCCGCCGCCGAGCCCCGCCGCCGCUCACAUCGGCGGCGAGGCCGCCGAGUCCGCUGCCGCGGAGGCCAGCGCCGAGGAGGAACGGAGGCCCGCAUCCCCCGAGCGGCGGCCGCCGUCCCCGCAGCCGCGGGCGGCCGCCGCGGGGGAGCAGCCGCCGGAACCAUCCCCCCGGCCGGCCGCGGCCGCCGAGGGGGAGCUGCCGCCGCGGCCGCCGCUGGGCGCUGGCGGCAGCGCGGACGCGCCUGGUGCCGCGGUCUCGCUGCGAAACGCCGGG